UUGUCUUCAGUUUACAGACAGAAAUUUCUUGGUGCAUUCAAGCAAGUCCCAUCUUAACUUUUUACAAUUUUGGAAAAAUACAUUUUUCAUUGUUUAUAUCUUGUUUUCCCCUCACAUAAUUACCAUAAUUAUUUUUUACCAUAAAGUCCAUAAACAAUUUUCAAGCCCAUUUAAUCGCCAUUCGGGUCCAUAUAAAUGACUAAUUAGCAGAGAACUGAGAAAAAUUAUCUUGUGGAAAAGCAAAACAUCUAAACAACAACGCAACAAACUCAAAGAAGAAAAAAAUAAGAAAAGUGGAAGUGGACAAUCCAUCACAAAAUGUGGAUCCAACCCAAGGAGGUCCUGUUGCCCGGAACAUUUUGGGUGGGCGAAAUGAAAUCCAAGUAUUUUGUUCUUCAAAAAAGACGAGGUCAUGGAGAAUCCAGAGGAAUAUCAUCGAUCCUGGUCGGGACAUUGGACAGUGUGUUUGAUACACGUCCACCCCCAUAUAGGAUUCUUCACCAGACGCCAUCUUCGGAACUCUUUUAUGAAAUUGCAAUCGGCCUAACCCUGGAAGAAAUUAUUAAAGAUUGGGAAUGGCUUGUCGAGAAUUUAUUCAAAGUUCUCAAUGAAAUGGAAAGCGAAGAAGAAAUUACAAAUUUUACAAUUUGCAAAAUUCAAUCACUUCACGCUCAUAAUACACAAUCGAAUGAUGAUUCUGGUGAAACGGCAGAUUUCAAAGUAAUUGCAGCAAAAUUUCGAACUUACUUUGAUAUGCCAGAAGAAGAACAAUUGGUUAAUACAUAUUCGUGCAAUUAUUUUAAAAAUAAAAUUCCACGUCAAGGACAAUUAUAUAUAUCGCUCAAUUAUAUUGCAUUCUACUCUUAUAUGUUGGGUAAUGUUGUUAAAUUUGCCAUACGCUUUUCGGAGCUUAUGAAGAUUGAAAAAACUGGAAAUGUCAUUUCAAUUAGAACUAUAAAUGAUAUGCAAUAUAAAUUUACACUGUUUUUUGAUGCCACAGAGGCACAUAGUUUGAUUGAACAAUUAAAUAAAAUGGCUAUUGAGCAAAUGAUGCAGGAUCCUGACAGUCCAAUAGUAGACCAUGAAGCUACUAUAUUUCAGCGAUUUGGAAAAAAGACAUCAAAGAAGCCUUUUCUUCUACGUGAUUUGACUGUGCGUCAGAAGUCGGAGGAGUACAGAAUGUACUUUAGACUUCCACAAAGAGAAAUUAUGGAUGGAAAAAUCAAAGCAAAACUCUGGACUCCAUACGCUAAACGUUAUGUUAGUGGAAAUAUUUAUCUUUCCACAAAUUUCUUAUGCUUCAAAAGUGAUGUUAUGGAUAUGGUCAGCAUAGUUGUUCCAUUAAAGACAAUAGUAAGCGCUGAAAAAAAAGACGAUGGUCCAAAUCGUCAUGAUAAUCAAAUAAUUAUCAAUACAAAUGAAAAUGUUCCCAUUAUAUUUGCACAAAUAACUGACAGAGAUGUUCUCAUCCGCAAAAUCUCCGAUUUGUUAUCAAAAAUUAAUAUACCUGUUGGAAAAGAACGUGCUAAAUAUGAUAUUUCGUGGUCCAAGCAAGCCGCUCUAAUGCAUACCUUUAAGUCUGGUCUUACUGACAGCAUGCAACGAAAACAAGAAGAGAAGAUAAGCAAAUGGGAAAAUCAUUUUCGCGAAUUUGGUCAAGGAAUUUCAAUGUUCCGUACAACAGAUGUGAUAAAUCUUAUAAUCGAGGGCAUUCCAGAUAAAUUGCGACAAGAAAUUUGGUUGAUAUUUUCCGGUGCAAUACACGAAAAAGAAAUGAAUCCUGGACUCUAUGAAGAUCUUGUUGAAAAAUCAGCUUCAAUGCAACAUUGUCCGGUUCACGAUGAAAUCGAUCGUGAUCUACAUCGAUCCCUACCCGAACAUCCUGCAUUCCAGCACAAAGACGGUCUGAGCGCCCUUAGACGAGUCCUACAGGCCUAUGCACUUCGUAAUCCAAACGUUGGAUAUUGUCAAGCGAUGAAUAUAGUUUCGUCAGUGUUUUUAUUAUUCUGUGAUGAGGAGAAUGCCUUUUGGAUGUUAGCAAGUUUGUGUGAGAAUCUUUUGCCUGUCUAUUACAAUGAUAAAAUUGUAGGAGCACAGAUUGAUCAAGGCGUCCUCAAUGAAUUGGUACAAACAUAUUUACCAGACCUUCACAGUCACUUGGACAAUAUUGGCAUCAUCAAGAUGAUUUCAAUAUCGUGGUUCCUGACAAUUUUCCUAAGUGUAAUUCCUUACGAGAGUUCUCUUCAAAUCAUUGACUGUUUCUUUUACGAUGGAGCAAAAAUCAUAUUUGUGAUCGCACUUCAAAUCCUUGAAUGGAAUCGAGACAAACUGUUUUUGUGUAAUGACGAUGGCGAAGCAAUGCAACUACUUGGAGAUUUUUUACAUGGCAUUUACAAUCCAGACUACCAAUUGUCUGUACCACGUCAAUCUCAAACACAUCACAGUCAAUCGGUUCAGACUUUGAUUCAUGAAGCCUACAGCCGUUUCGGAAGUCAAAUAUCGGUUCAAAAAAUCGAAGAACUCCGAAACAAGCAUCGGCGACUUACUAUGCGACAAUUCGACAUCGACAACGAAAAAACAAUGGUUAAAUUCCACGCUGAUAAUAUUUACUUUGAGAAAGAUGAACUUCACAAAUUGUUGGCUAUAAUUCGAGAGGAGAAGAUGACACCGAAGAAAAUUCAACAGAAGGCAAACAGCGUUGGUGAAGCUCCAAUCCUUAUCCCGCAUGCUGGAGAUGAAGAAUUCAUCCCACACAAUACAUGCAGUCGGUCAGAACCUUAUAAUGUAGAUUUCGAGACAUUCAGAGUGUUGUUCUAUGAACUGACUCCGUGGAAGAAUUGUCGUACAAUCGACUUAGCUGAGAAGCUAUUUAGAUUAACUGACAAAAAGAGCACCGGUAUUUUAGAGUUUUCGCAAGUAAUAAAUGCCAUUGGCAUUCUGUGUUCCACCAAAUACACAGAAAAACUAAAACUCUUGUAUAUCCUGCAUCUGCCGCCAUUGCUGAGCAAGUCCGAAAUAGAACAAGCGAAGAAGCCACGCAGUGGCAAAGGCGAGGCAGAAGUUGGAAUCGAAGCGGAAGACUUCUUUGGGUUUGUUUCCAAUUUAUACGAUUGGAUUCGACCCCAAAUUUCUGAUUACCUCUUUGAUUCCAGUGAUGAUCCAUCCGAAUCUAUAGAGGCGUUACCCUCCCCAACAGACAAUAAUUUCGAUGAGUGUGAAUUUGCAGUAAUAGGAGCUGGUGGAACGGGUGCCACAUCAAUUGCACAACAAAAUUCCAUCGACACAAACGACGAUCAGCCAACUCCAAAUCUCUCAUUACCAAAUUCUCAACCGCAAAACUCACAAUCGACAUUUUAUGUUGAUUUGCCAACAGAUCAACUAGCCCAACAAGGUCGUUUCGAGUCGAUUGAAACAUUCUCGGAUAUAAGUGAUCUUGGGGCGAAACUUAACCAGCUGAAUGUCGAAACUAUUUCGAAUUUCUCUCAAAUAACACAGAGCGACAUGGGAAAUGCCAAAUACGAAAAUCGUACAUCACGCACAAACUCAACGUCAGACACAAAAAGCUUGGGUAGCUUGAGGUAUUUCUUUGAUCAACCUUACGGAGGAACUUCACCCAAUAAAACAGUUCCAAAGAUGAAGAAAACAAACUUUCAGUUUUUGUGGCGUAGUUUGGUGGAGAUCAUUGGCGAACAAGAUCAGGAUAUGAAAGCUGCAUAUGAGAAUCUCAUGGAGUUGGGAAGCCAGAAUGUGUGCAAUAUUAAGAAGGAUAUUAGUUUGGAAAGCUUUACUCAAUUGGAUUUUAAUGGAAGUAAUGAUGAGCCCGAUACCAAUGGAAAUCCUACAACUCCAAUGGAACCACCAUCAACCAGCAAUCUGUUUAUGGCUCUUGACAAAGAAUUACGACAAGCCGAAGCUGCUCUUUCAACUUCUUCGGUCACAACCCCAACAACUGCAACCGCCACCGAUGCCGAUAACUGGGAAAUAAGCAUAAACCAAUUUAUAGCCACUGUUUUGGCAGUGACUUCAAUUGUCCAGGCAUUCUACGCUCACACACCCAUCAAAGAGAACAUCGAACGCAUGCAGAAAAACAGAAGAAAGUGUGUGGCGUCGAAUUAUUAAGAAUUUAACUUUUUACAGAACUUGGGGCAUUGUAUAAUUUUUAUUUGAAAAUUUGAUGUUUUUUUUUUGCUGUUAAACAAAUGAAAAAUAUUGUUUUCCCUUUUUAUGAUAUGUAAUUUGAAUUCGCUGAAUCUUGUUACUGAGAAGGGUGUGCCUGGAAAGCUUUUUGUAACUUUUAAAAUCAUAGACAUGUUAAGGAAACAAAACUUCAAUAUUAUUGUUUCAAUAUUGUGAAUGCUAAGAAGAAAAUUGUAUGAUUUUUGUAUUUUUGAAAAUGUAUUCCCUUGUUUCCAGUUUUAUUAAAAUUUUAGACUAGACUAAAUAAAUAAAUUCUACAAAAUUAUUAUUUUACAUAUUAUGAUAAAACAACAAAUGUAUCUCUAAUCAAAAUAUAUAAAAAAAACUUAAAGAUUUAAAUAAAAUAUUUUAUCAAAUAUUUA